AUGAUCCCGCCCUCGACCCCAUCCCCACCUGCGAUUGGUCCACGGUACCGAGAAGGCGGGGCUACACGGGGCGGCCUCGCCCCCGCCACGACCCACCCACGGACACAGGGGCGGGGGCUGUGUGGGAUGUGUGGGCGGGGCUGCGCCUGCGCACUGAGCGCGGGGCCUGCGCGGCGGCUCGGGGCCGGGAUGGCGGCGCCGGGCGGGCCAGGCCCCGGCGCACGGCCGCUGGACAUCAACCGCGCCGGUGUGGCCGAGCUGCAGGGAGCGCUCAGCGGUAUCGGCCGCCGCCGGGCGCGUGGCAUCGUCCGCAAGAGAGAGGAGCUAAGGGGCUUCAGCUGCCUGGAGGAGCUGCUGCAGGUGAAGGGCAUCACGCAGAGGGUGCUGGAGCUCAACUGGCAGCGGUUGCGCUGUGGGCACCAGGGUGGCACGGGGGGCACCGAUGGGGACAGCCCUGGGGGCACCACGGCCAGGCUUGGGGACAGCUCAGAACCCCCAGCACAGGGGAAGCGAAAGUCGGAGCCAGGGGGGGAUGGCAGAGCCCUGGCCCCGGGCAAGAAGCUCUGCAGGGGCUCCGAGUUCAGCAGGACCCUGGGUCCCUGCACCCCCAGCCCCACCACCACCUUUGGGGACCUGAGGAACGCCCAGGGGGCCCCAGGCCGCCGCUGCCGCAUGCCCUCUGUGGUGCCCCCGCCCGAGCUCCAGGACUGGCUCCAGACCUUCCAGCGCUGGAGCGGGCAGGAGAAGCUGCUGGCCCUGGACGAGCUGAUCGACCGCUGCGAGCCCCCCCAGAUCCGGCACAUGAUGCAGGUCAUCGAGCCCCAGUUCCAGAGGGACUUCAUCUCCCUGCUGCCCAAGGAGCUCGCCCUCUACGUCCUCUCCUUCCUGGAGCCUCGGGACCUGCUCCGUGCGGCCCAGACCUGCCGCUACUGGCGGCUGCUGGCCGAGGACAACCUGCUCUGGAGGGAGAAGUGCCGCGAGGAGGGCAUCGAGGAGCCCCUGGCCCUGCGGCGGCGCCGCCUGCUGAGCCCUGGCUUCAUGCACAGCCCCUGGAAGUUGGCAUUCCUGCGGCAGCACCGCAUCGAUGCCAACUGGCGCAGUGGCGACCUGCGGCCCCCCAAGGUGCUGAAGGGCCACGACGAUCACGUGAUCACCUGCCUGCAGUUUUGCGGUAACCGAAUCGUGAGCGGCUCCGACGACAACACCCUCAAGGUCUGGUCGGCUGUCACCGGCGAGUGCAUCCAGACCCUGGUGGGGCACACCGGGGGAGUGUGGUCGUCGCAGCUCCGUGGCUCCACCGUCAUCAGUGGCUCCACUGACCGCACCCUGCGGGUCUGGGACGCCGACAGCGGCCGCUGCCUGCACACCCUCUAUGGGCACACCUCCACCGUGCGCUGCAUGCACCUGCACGGCACCAGGGUGGUGAGUGGGUCUCGGGACGCCACACUGCGGCUGUGGGACAUUGAGAGCGGGCAGUGCCUGCAUGUGCUGCUGGGGCACGUGGCCGCCGUGCGCUGUGUGCAGUACGAUGGGCACCGGGUGGUCAGCGGCGCCUACGACUACACCGUCAAGGUCUGGGACCCCGACACCGAGAGCUGCACCCACACCCUUCAGGGGCACACCAACAGAGUCUACUCGCUGCAGUUCGAUGGCAUCCACAUUGUCAGCGGCUCCCUGGACACCUCCAUCCGCGUCUGGGAUGUGGAGAGUGGUAACUGCCUGCACACCCUGAUGGGGCACCAGUCCCUCACCAGUGGCAUGGAGCUGAGGGACAACAUCCUGGUGUCUGGCAACGCCGACUCCACCGUCAAGAUCUGGGACAUCAAGACAGGGCAGUGCCUGCAGACCCUGCAGGGGCCCAGCAAGCACCAGAGCGCCGUGACCUGCCUGCAGUUCAGCUCCAAGUUCGUGGUGACCUCCUCGGACGACGGCACCGUGAAGCUCUGGGACCUGCGCACCGGAGAGUUCCUGCGCAACCUGGUGGCGCUAGAGAGCGGCGGCAGCGGCGGCGUCGUCUGGCGGAUCCGCGCCUCCAACACCAAGCUGGUCUGCGCUGUGGGCAGCCGCAACGGCACCGAGGAGACAAAGCUGCUGGUGCUGGACUUCGAGGUGGACCUCAAGUGA